UCCAGUAAGUUGUCCAAGAUCGUGUAAUGAAGCUGGGAGGUGUUGUCAUGAACAGUGUAUUGGAGGCUGCCGAGGGUCUACUGCCAGUGAUUGCACUGCUUGCCGUCAUUUCCUACAUCUAGGUGUAUGCGUGGGGCAGUGUCCCAAUAGAACAUUCCAGUUCAAGAAUCGUCAUUGCAUCACAGCAGAGCAGUGUCCAGCCGGUUGGAAGUUAUUCAACGAGAAAUGUACCCAGGAUUGUCCAGGUGGUUAUAUGCCAGACUUUAAUGACAGUAGACAUUGCCUACCUUGUACUGGAACAUGCCCUAAAGUAUGUGAUGGAAAGACUAUCCAAUCCGUGGAAGAUGCGGCUGCAAUGAAAGGAUGUACUUACGUGCAUGGAUCGCUAACUAUAAGCGUACAUGGAAGAGGCAAUGUCGUGAAAGAAUUGGAGCAAAACUUGGGAAUGAUCGAGGUUGUCAGCGAUGCCCUGAUAGUACGCAGAGCGAACUCUCUUGUUAGCCUCAACUUCCUCAGGAAUCUACGAAGAAUAGAAGGGCGUGUUGGAGGACUAGAAAUGAAUGAGUACUCCCUAUAUGUGCUGGCAAACAACAAUCUCCAACAACUCUUUGACUUCUCCCAGCAUCCCAACAUCAGCAUCGGCAACGGCAAGUUCUUCUUUCACUACAACCCCAAGUUGUGCUACUCGGAGAUUGAGAAACUUCACAAUCUCACCGGGAUCAAGGCUCCGCUUAGCAACAUUGAUGUCUCACUUUCAUCCAAUGGAGACCAAGUUGCUUGUAACACCCAUCGUUUGAAUCUAGAGUUUGCUUUCUUUCAAUCCGUGCUGUCAGUGAGAUGGUCACCUCCAAAGGGAAAGGGAGAUGUGCGUGAGAUCGUGGGUUACAUCCUGUCUUACCGUGAAGCACCCCAAAGGAACGUGACAGAGUUAGACGGUGAAGAUGCAUGCGGAACCAGUCUUUGGGAGGUCCAGUACAUUCCACCCACCGAAACGUCUACCUUUGUGGCCAAUCUGAAGCCAUGGACACAGUAUGCAUUCAUGGUACGGACGUACACCAUUGCUGGGGCUCAGUUCAGCGCCAGGAGUAACAUCCAGUAUCUGUUAACGCCAGAAUCAAAGGCCUCCCCACCUAGCAGCCUGAAUGUCAUCUCAAAUUCGUCAUCUGAGCUGGUCAUUACCUGGAAACCACCAGAGCAUCCAAAUGGAAACCUCACACAUUACAUCAUCACAUGGGAACCUCGGUACUUAUUCAAACAGCAGUUUGAAGACAGGGAUUUCUGCAGAGAGAAACUGCCAACCCUGCGGAAGUCCGAGUCCAGCACAGAGAUGGAAACAUCAGAAGACGAAGACACUAACACUACUAUGGUUGGAGCGGGAUGCUGCACCUGCCCCAUCGAUCCGGAGGAGCUUCGAAGACGGGAAGAAGAUGCCCGCUUCCAGAAGGAUUUUGAGAAUCAGCUCCAUAAUAAUAUAUACAUGAAGAGGGAUUUCAUUAAUAUUAGUAGACCUGGCACACGUCGCAGGAAGCGGGAUGUCCCAGGUAGCGCGAUCCAAGAUUUCAGUACCACAUCAUCCACCACCACCACCAGUUUCAUCACCCCUAUACCGACCACGCCCACCCCUGGAUUCAACCUUAAUGGCUCUUUGUACCCCAGUAGCCCCUCUUCAGGGGUGAAUGCUUCCACCCCUCCACCAGCCAGGGUUGAGGAGAGAGUCAUCGGUCUGGUUGAGUCGUUCCAUGUUCCUGGGUUGGAGCACUUCACCGAGUAUCUCAUCACCCUGCAAGCUUGUAACUCCAGGGAAUGUAGCCGUGCUUCAGCUGUAUAUGGACGCACCCUGCCAAAAGAAUCGGCUGAUCAGAUAGAGUCUACCGUGAUGAUAAACCACACCUCAACAGACAGGGUCCACCUGACGUGGGCCGCACCCACCAACCCCAACGGCAUCGUCGUCAUCCACGAGGUCAGGUUUGAGAUGAUCGACCCCAAGUCGACAGAGAACACGGAAUGUGUUUCAGCAGAGGGAUACAGACGGGUGCUUGGAGCCGAACUCUUGGGGUUAAAGGUCGGUAACUACACAGCGAUGGUGAGGGCGGUGUCACUUGCCGGCGAGGGUCCGUGGACCAAGCCCGUCACGUUCAGUGUACCGGAUAUCACAAAUACAGUCAGCAUCGCAGCAGUUAUAAUUAUCAUCGUCUUUAUCAUCAUCUUCCUGAGUUAUCGCAAGGACCAGAUGCCUGAUGGUGUUCUCUAUGCGUCUGUCAAUCCAGAAUACAUGAGCACCAGUGAUAUGUAUGUUGCUGAUGAAUGGGAGUUUCCCCGUGAUAAGCUGGAGAUCAUCAGAGAGCUCGGAAAGGGUAGUUUUGGUAUGGUUUACGAGGGUCUAGCCAAGGGUAUUCUUCCGGAAGAAGAAGAGAUCUCAAGAGUGGCCAUCAAGUCUGUCCAAGCCAACGCUUCCAUGAGAGACAGGAUCGAGUUCUUGAAUGAAGCAUCCGUGAUGAAACUUAUUGAUGCCCACCAUGUUGUGAGGUUACUCGGGGUCGUUUCAAAAGGUCAGCCGACGUAUGUGAUAAUGGAGUUUAUGGCGCAGGGCGACCUUAAAAAUUGGUUAAGAGCAAGAAGACCCGAGAACCAACAGGACUUACCGCUGAUAGAUCGUAAGAACGUCCCCACCCUUGAGCAGCUUCUGAACAUGGCCGCUGAGAUUGCGGAUGGCAUGUCAUUUUUAGCAGCAAGGAAAUAUGUUCAUAGAGAUCUCUCAGCCAGGAAUUGUCUGGUAGCAGAAGAUGGAACAUGUAAAGUAGCAGACUUUGGGCUAGCAAGAGACAUCUAUCAAUCCGAUUACUACCGCAAGGAAAGGGGUGGGAUGCUACCUAUUAGAUGGAUGGCUCCAGAAUCUGUCAAAGAUGGUGUGUUUCAAACAAGCUCAGAUGUUUGGUCAUUUGGUAUAUUAUUAUGGGAGAUGUCAACAUUAGGUGAGCUGCCUUACCAAGGUCUAUCAAAUGAGGAGGCUGGAGAAUACAUCAAAGGAGGAAAUGUACUUAGAGCACCAGAAAACUGCCCAGAAAAAAUGCAUGAAAUUAUGAUGGCCUGCUGGCAAUAUCAAGAGAAGCUAAGACCAACCUUUGGUGAGAUUCUACUUGCCUUGGAAGAUACCGGUCUUCUUCAAGAAUCCUUCGCCCAAAACUCCUUCUUCCUCAACGAACAGCUUCACGCCAAUGAGGUCCCUGACAAUAUGAGCUCCAAGGAGCUAGAGACAGUCUCUAUCCUUGACCAGAAUGCAAGGAACAAUGAAAACCUUUAUACCAACAUGUCUAGCAACAAAGCAGCGGGAGCUAGCAAUGGGGGGAACGGUUCUGGUGGUAGUGUCCAGGUACCCAUCGUGACGGGACCUUCGUCGUCGCCGAGGGAUCGGAACGGUAGCCUGACGGGGAAUGGCUCAAUACCGCACGGGGUCGGGAAGUGCACGGAAUGCUGAGGGUGGGUGUGUCUUGGACUUCUAUUCUUUUGCAUGGUUUGAGAUGGGGGAGGCAAGAAAAGCCACUGUGAACUGGUCGAAAACCUCUCUGCAGUCACAUUGGAGUCGAGGAAUAAGAUCACGAAAGAAGACAAGACAUGGAAUGGAACAGAUGUCUUUGAGGGUUCGAAUCUCAUCCAUCUAAAACGUAAAGGAGGAUGAAGGAUAUGAGGAAGCAGUUACCAUGGCAACAGUAGAGAGAUGGAGAAUGCUCCAGAACUGCUCAGAAUGGACCUCGGUGGAUUGCAAAUGAAAAAGCAGUAUUAAAAUGGUUCAAAAUGAAGCUAUGGAUGAUUUCAUAGAUCUGAUAUUUUCAACUUCAGUUUUGUGGUCUUCAGUGCAAAUGGAUUGCUUGCAUAGAGAUAUUUUGGGAGGUUGUGCAAAUGAAGAUGGUCAGUAUAUCAAUGUAACUUCUGUUAAUGAGUACCUGAUAGAGUAAAACCAGGGUCUGAUAUGAAAUGGUAUGGACCAAUAUCAGAUACAGACGAAUAUUCCGAAGAAUAAUUAACCUCUGCCUUUUAUCGGUGUUCAAUAUCUUUCUUUUUUCAUUUCCUACUCCUUUUCUUCUCUUCAAAACUUCUAUAUUCUCUCAUUCUAUUCCUUAUUCAUUUCUCCCUCUUCUUUUUUAUCAAUUUCUCUUGAUUUUUUUCAUCGCUUUUCUUUUCUAUUUGUCUCUUCUUUCCUGAAAGAUAAUGAUUGCUAACAGUAAAGCAAUUUAUUAAGUGCUUGUAUCUACACUGUGUGUGAUCAAGACGCUAUUAACAUUUCUUAUCCUGGAUUUAGCUUAUUUCUCUUUCUUUUGUUUCUUCCCCUUUAUUCAUCUCCCCCCCCCCCCUCUCUUUCUCUCGAUGUCUCUGAUCAUAUACACCAUGUUUUAUCAGUAAGCCACAAAAAACCUCUGGAUGUUCAUUUGCGUUUGUUUGUUUUAUAUGGUGCAAUAUUGGAUAGUAGAAAGGAGGAAGAAAGAAGAUAUAAUCAUCUUGCCUGCUUGGAUGCAUAUACAUAACAGCCUGUCUACUAAAAGUUAGACCCGAUUUUCAAUGAGGAUUAUGACUUGUAUUUCAACUUGCAUUGUUUACAACUUGUGCAGAAGUGUCUCUGCACACCGUUUAUUUAAAAAAAAAAAUUGAAAGUCUUGAUUGGAAUUCCUCUUUAUUGUGAUGUUCUGGAAGUUUCUCUUUGGCAUUUUUCAUCCUCACUCUGUGGUGUUAAGUGUAUUUCACAUCUGUUCACAUGUUAAACUUUCUGUGAUGUUUGGAAUUUCACUGGAUGAGCCGAUUCCUACAUGUAGAGAGCAAAUAAUUGGUAUGAUGUUUUGUCUACUAAAGUUUGUAUAUACAGGGUAUAUGUGGGACUAAAGAGAUAUUCUCUGUUAUUUUGGAACGG